AUGGGCAACCUGCGCGUGUGGCUGAUCGUGGGAGUGUUGGCAUGCCUGCUCCUGGUGAGAGCUGCCGCGGCGGAGGUGCAGGCGGAGGACGGUGGCGGCGCCCCCGCCGCCGCCGUGGACGACGAGGACGAGGAAGACGACACGUACCACCCCAAGGACAUGAACAAGUUUCACGGUGCAGAGAACGAGCAUGAAGAGUUGGGGUCAACGGCUGCUGUGGAUGAGACCCCGGAAGAGGAGGAGAAGGGGGACACCGACGACGACGUGGAGGAGCUCCUGAACAUCGAGCAGGAGCUGAUCGUCCUCGGCCACUGA